AUGAGCUUCUCUAUAUACGACUUGGAUGAAGAUAUUCUCCAACUACUCAAUCUUGAUAACUUUUUAGGAGGUUUGUCUGUUAAUGAUUUUGUUGAAGAGCUAAGUAAGGAUCAUUUUUUGAAAGGUGCCGAAGUCAAUAAACUAGAAUAUUUAGAUCCUAAACCCUAUAUAAGAACAUUUGAGUCAACGCUAAGGGAGUUAAAGCAAUUGAAUAAUAGGGCCUUAGCUAAAAAUUCACAAGCUGAAAAGGAAGUUGAGGAUUAUGAAUUAAAACACAGUGAAAAUGUACUUGAACUUUCAUCCAAAGUAGAUAGAAUAACUAGAAAAUUUGGCAAUUUGGAUACUAAAAUAUCAGAAGUCUCUACCAGGAUUGACCCGUUAGGGAAUUCGUUAAAUAAGAUCACUAAUUCAAGGGAUAGAUCAACUGAAACGAUAUUUUUGAUUAGAGCUUACCAUGGAUUUUAUACUAAGGAGAAAUACGACCCUCUUGAAAAGCUUAGAAUCAGCAAAGUGUACGAAGACAAGAUUAAAUGUGCCAAAACAGUCAGCAAUCUACUUACUUUAGCAAAGAAAAUUGCAUCUCCUGAUUUACCGAAGACUGAACACUGCGUUACUGUUAUAGAAAAGUUUAGUGAAACAAUGGAAAAAGAAUUGCUAAAGAAAUUUGAUGUAUAUUAUGAAUGUGAUGAGUAUGAUAGAAUGAAAGAAGUUGCUAAUAUUUUGCAUCAAUUUAAUGGCGGUGCCACAGUAGUACAAUUAUUUUUGAAUAAACAUGAUUUUAUGUUGGAUACAGAAAAUUUGGAUGACAAUUCAUUACUCGAUAAUGAGGCUAUAUGGAACAAAUUAUCAGAUCCUGAUUUCGGAGAAAAUGUUAAGGAUGAAUCUACAGAAGCAUUGCUUGAUGGAUUAAAAAUAUCAAUCAAAGGACAAGCAAGAAUCGUUCAGCAAGUUUUUGAAGAUGCUACACCUGUUUUGAAGAUUUUUAUCCAAAGAAUAUAUGCACAAAUUAUUCAAAAUAAGAUCAGCACACUUCUUCAAUAUUCUCUAUCAGUAAGUACAUUGGCCCAUGUCAGAGUUUUACAUUCUUUAUACGUUUUGGUUGGUGAUUUUACAAAAGACGUCAAAGAAUUUUUAACUACAAAUGAAUUAGAUAAGAGUAAUGAAUUGUGCCCAAUAUUAGAUCAAUGUUAUUAUGAUUUAUUCAUUGAAUACACUUCUGAAAGCAUAUAUUUUAACAGGGAAAAAAAGAAUUUAGAAGACACUAUUUACAGUAUUGUUCAAAAAUUCAAUUCAUACAACGAAAAGGCAUUAUCCAACAAAUAUUUAUCAACAAAGCUUGAAAAUUUAGAUAACUUAGAAUAUAACGAAAAGUCUCCCCAGGAGCAUGAUAGAUUUAGCUUCCAUUUCUCCGAAAAGAAGAGGCUAAAUCAAUUUACAAAUUUCAUGAAAACUCAUUUAUCUGAACGAAAUACAAGAAACUCGACUGACCUAGAAAAGCAUGAUACCGACUAUGAAAGAUAUUCUAAUUUAAACAUAAGUGAGGUUGAGACAGUGAUUAAAUCUGCGAUUGAAUCAGUUGCCCGCAUUUUGGAAUUGGCCCCCAAUAAGACACCAGAGUAUACUUUAGAAAUCAUUGAGAUACUUCUUUUUGACUUUGGCAAGCUUUAUAUAAGUGCUGGAUUAGAGGUAGCGUAUGAUACACUCAAGCAAGAACUGUCAAAUUCUAAGAUUAACUCUAAUCAACCUAUGGAUUUAAGUUACUUAAGCACCUUUAAAUUGACAAGUGAAAUUUUAUAUUUAUUAUCAUCAUGCAUAAAAAAGAUUAUGCUACCAUGUGCUGUCAAUUCUCCCACUAUUAAAAAUCGAAUGAGUAGCUUGUCGAAUAGUUAUAUAUCGCGAUGUGAAGUUUCCCUUAAUAUUAUUAUUGGUGAUACAAUUGCUAUGAUAUGUAACAGAGUUGCAUACUUGUUAACAAGACAAAAAAAGAAGGACUUCUUAUGUGAAAAUAUAGUGGAAGAUGACACUGAGGCAUGCGAAGAGGUGUCCGAAUUUUUAACAGACUCGCAUGAAAAGGUUACAUUAUAUUUAAAUAAUUCUAACCUUACGAAUGUCUUGGUUAAGAUAGGAAUGAACUUUUUGAACCAGCUUUUGGAGCAUUAUAAAAAAUUUGUGGUUAACUCUACUGGAGGUAUUAUUUUAACAAAAGAUGUGAUAAGAUUUCAAUCUGUUAUUGAUGAAUGGCAAAUAAACGAAUUAUCGGAACAUUUUCUAUUAUUAAAGGAGAUUGGGAAUUUAUUUACAGUACAUCCAAACUUAAUCAAUUCUUUGGUUACAGAAGGCCAAUUGGCAAAUUUAAAACCCUAUGCUAUAAGACAAUAUAUCUCAAAGAGAACUGAUUUCAAUCCAAGCUACUUGGAAAAAUUUUUCAAUUUUAAAUGA